AUGGUUGAAAAUGCCUCAAGUCCUGAGCCUGUUCCUAUUGAAGGAAUCUCCCAGAAAACAGCAUCCAGCAGAAAGCCAUCGCAUUACAUAUUUGAUUCGAAUGGGGAUACGCAGCUCAUUCUCAAUACAUACAAGGCUCAUUCCUUCAACUGGGUAGAAGAGACAGUCCGGGUAGAACAUAAAAUAUUUACAACGGAAUACCUCGAUAAGAAUCAGAAGAAGAAGAAAAGAAAGAAGCUGGGGUUGGGAUCCAAUCCCCCACCACCCCCACCACCUCCGGCGCCACCGGAGUCUCCUGUUCCAAUCCCAAUAUCGGUUACGGAGACUAUUGACGUAGGAUAUGCGGGGUUGGAUGGGACAGGUGAUGAGCAUUGUGAUCUUCUGAAUGAGGAAACAAUUAGGCUAGGGUGUACUGACGCUAAAACGAAUGCCGACAGCUCGACCCUGCCAGUGCAGGACUGGCAUCAUGGAGAGAGACCUGGAAUCGCACCUGACCAGGUAGAGAUCCGAAUGCUAGUGUCAGGGAAACAUUUGGCUCUAGCUUCAUCUUACUUUGAAAAGAUGUUUGCUGGUCCUUUUACAGAGGGAAAGACUGAUCCCUCGGGACUUCGUCAAGUCACAGCCAUCGACUGGGAUCCAGAGGCUUUCAACAUCAUUUUAACUAUUAUACACGGCUAUCAUCGAGAUGUACCUAGGUCGCUCAGCCUCGAAAUGCUUGCAAAGCUGGCUAUGAUUGUGGACUACUAUCAGUGCCACGAAAGUGUUGAGUUGUAUGCCGACAUUUGGUUAGCAAAUUUGAAUUCGCAGUUACCAACGGUUUACGGACGAGACUGCAUUCUUUGCAUGGUCAUAUCCUGGGUUUUCAUGCAACCAGAUAUGUUCCAAAAGAUGACUCGACUUGCAUUAAGGCAUAGUGGGACCUUAAUUGAAAGCGAUGAUCUCCCGAUUCCAGCCGACCUCCUUGAGCAAAUUGACAAAGCACGUCAGGAUUAUCUGUCUCAUAUCUUCUGGACGAUUUACGACCUUCUUGAUCUUCUUCUGGUGGAACCAGAGUGUUCCUACGAGUGCUCAUCCAUGCUCCUAGGUGUUUUAACAAAGGAGCUAGGAAAGCAUGGUGUUCUAGUCCCCCGUUGUGCGCAGCCAUUCUACGGGUUAAGCAUUGAAGGUUCUAAACAGAUGAUAGAGGGACUCAGGGAGCCCGGGUGGUAUACCGAUGGCAGGAUGUACGCUAGACAUCACUGUACUAUCCAGCAGAAACUAUCCCCAGCUCUAGAUAAGGCGGAGAAGGAGCUGCCUAUUUUCAACCUACAGGGCUUUCAGAUUGUAAAGAGUCACAUACGUCCCGAGAAGAGCUCAGGGGCGUUUUGGCUCAAUUAUAUGGAUUUGAGGGAGAGCAGAUAG